UCUUUCACGGCUAUGGUGGCGGCAGCAUCAGCUGGCCAUAUCUUCAACCAACCACAGGCCGAGCACGCUGCCGAUAUCUACCAAUCGGCGGUUGAAUACCAACAGUCUGGUGUACAAGCCGGACAUUCAUACUCCGCGCACGAUUUGGCCUAUCAGAGACCCUCAGCUGAGAAAAUGGCUAAGACUUUAGCCUAUCAUUCGGAAAAUAAUGGUCAUAGCUACCAUUACGCCUAUGAAACUGAUAACGGUAUCAAAGCCCAAGAAGUAGGCCACGUCGGCAAAGGCACCCAGGCUGAAGGCGCCUACUCCUAUACCGGAGAUGAUGGUCACACCUACACAGUAAAGUACACUGCCGAUGAAAACGGCUUCCAGGCUUUCGGCGAUCAUCUGCCCACCUCACCACCAAUUCCUGAAGCGAUCUUAAAAUCUUUGGAAGAAAAUGCGAAGGCUGAAGCCAAUGGAAUUUAUGAUGAUGGUCACUACCAUGAACAACAACAACAGACCGAAAGUCAUGGUAACCUGGGCGUUCAGUACCACGAACAACAACUCCAAAGCUACAACAAUGCCGUUCAUGCCGCAACUGACUCCGGCUACCACCAUUAAUAAUUGUUGUUGAAACUGUUGAUUUCUAGCUUUUGUUAUUCUGUUAAACUUUUAGUUAUUUUUUGUUAGUUGAAGCCAAUUUGUUAUUGUUGUUUUGUUUUGUUGUUUCAAUAAUU